ACCGCGGGAGGCGCCUGUGAUGAGCACAUUCUGGCCUGCGAGCGAGAAGAGGUCAGGCGCGGGGAGGGCGGGGGUCGGGUCCAUGGCUGGGGCAGUUCACGGCGAGCAUCUCGUGCACAGAGGCGUAUAAAUCUCGCAGAGGAGGGCGAGGGAGGAGGAUGGCCGGGAGUCGGGUGGCGUCGUCGGCUGGGCCCGCCACAGCUACCCCAGACCGGCUAUUUCCCCGGAUCGGGAUCCGGUGCCGACUUCCGGACCAGCCAAGGCCGUCCCUGCCACAAAUGCACCGGCCGCGCACCGCGCACUCGACGCACACCAGUCUGUGUUCGGUGGCCGGGCAGCUGACCGGCCGCAGGGCGGCCAAUGGCCAGGGCCGCGAUAGGGGAAUUCUCGCAGAGGGCCCACGGAGACGCGCGGGGACGGAGGCUGGUGCGGAGAAGAGGGCAGCAACGUGCCGGCCCAGGAUGGAAGGCAGGGUCUGGGCUUAGGUAAGCGGGUGUCGAUCAGCAGAGGCGCGGAGGACCGGUCCGGGUCAACGCAGCGGUCCAGCUCAGAACACGCUCCUCACGAGACUCUCCCGACUCCAGGGCUAUAAAGCCGACGCGACGUCUUCUCCACCGCAAACCAGCCCCCCGCCGCCGCCCAC